AUAAAGGUUACGGUCGCCUCGAACUUGACACCACAUCUGACAUGCGAAUAGUACCUCUCGAGUUUUUCACAGCACUUCAUCGGUAGCGUUUACAGCCCUCCCAACCUCAAACCUCACCACCCACCUCCCAAACCCUCACCCCUAUCCACCCAAAAUGAGACCCCCCCACGUCCUCCUCUCCCUCCUCCCCCUCAGCGCCGCCCAACUCCAACCGGUCCCCACCUUCGGCCCCCCUAUCCCCAGCCGCGCCAAAAUGUUUGUUUACGCCCCCCCAAACCUCCCCCCUAACCCAGCUAUUCUCCUCGGCGUGCACUACUGCACCGGCACCGCCCAAGGCUACUACAACGGCAGCCCCUACAAACGCCUCGCCGACGAGAAAAAGUUCGUGGUUGUCUACCCUGAAUCACCAAACGAGGGCGGCUGCUGGGAUGUGAGCUCUAGGGCUACGCUGAAGAGGGAUGGCGGGAGUGAUAGUCAUGCAAUUGCCAAUAUGGCGAGGUGGGCGGUGGAGAGGUAUAACGGGGAUAGGGGACGGGUGUUUGUUAUUGGGGAGUCAUCGGGGGGGAUGAUGGCUAGUAUCCUCGCUGCUGCGUAUCCUGAUUUGUUCAGCGCGGUUAUUAACUACUCCGGUGUAGCAGCCGGCUGCUUCUUCACUGACUCCGUUGCCGGCUGGAACGGGAACUGCUCAGGGGGGAGGAUGAACUUGACACCUGAAGAGUGGGCGAGGUGGGUGUUGGAUGCUUAUCCGGGUUAUAACGGGACGAGGCCAAGGAUGCAGGUUUACCAUGGGAGUGCGGAUGAUGUUAUUGCGCCGGCGAAUUACAACUACUCCAUUGCGCAGUGGACGACCGUGUUUGGGUACCCUGGGACGCCCCUGGAGGAGAAGAGGGAUGUGCCUGAGAGAAGGUAUACCACGCAGGUGUUUGGGGAGAAGUUGACGGGUAUUUGGGCGGAGGGGGUUGGGCAUGGGGUGCCGGUGCAUGGGGAGGAGGAUAUGAAGUUCUUUGGGCUGUGAGUGACUGCCAGAUGGUGUGGUGUCUCGGGAAACAUGGCGUUUUUUCCAUGGGGGCGGGCUGGAAGUGAAAUCGGUGCUAUAAAAGUGAUAGAGAAGAAGCCCCG